GGGGAUGGAGUUCAGUUACUGUUACUAGGUGCCAGUUGGAAGGACUGAAGAUUCUUCACCAGGUGGGGACUGAAGAUUGCUUAGCCGGCUUCCAUUGUUGACGAGCAGGAUGGCAUUCACAACAGGUUGCAUGGUACGAUUCCUCGUCCCCCAUUUACAUACUGUAAUUUCCUCUCAAUGUUGGCAUGAACUUUCUUGUGUAGAGCAAACCUUUGGGAGCCCACAGAAUCACAAGUGAACUGUGUAACGUGGUUUGUCAGGAACAGACUUAGACUAGCCCCUUUAGUGGACCGACCUGCUAAGGUCAUGGUCCUGGUCUUCUCCUUCACAUCCCAUCAAGGUACACCACAUCCACAUCCACAUGGGCAGCAUGAUUGAUCAUCUGCUUUCACAUGCCAUCCAAGCACACAGCAUCCAUAUCCACAUUCACACGAAUCCUCUUCCGGUCAUCCUUGGGUUAACUGUAAGUUUGUAACCAUUGCUAUAUAUAUGCAGCAAAGGAUACCUAGAAGAGAAGGCACCGCUGCCUGACCUGAAUUUUUCUAGUGCAGGGUGUAGUGUAGAACUCUAGAUUGAUCAUGGAAAUCUUCCCGUUGAUGCUUUCUCUAUUGGUGCUCGGGUCACUGGGAAAGCUAACAACUCUGGCAUCCGGAGUUGUAACAGGCCUGCAGAACCCUGAGGGGAACUGGGCGCAACCAUCCCGUGCCGGUGGCAUGCUCCAUGGCUGCCCGACGAGCUGCGGCACUGUGAGCUUCGGCUAUCCCUUUGGCAUCGGAUCCAGGUGCUCCCGUGGACCGGACUUCAACCUCAUUUGCAACAACACCAGUCAGUCCCCCAGGCUCUUCUUGUACGACGGCAUCACCGAGGUGACCAACUUUGACGAUGCUCGUAUCACGGUCUCCUUUUCGCAUACCAUCACCCUGAAAUCUGGUGUGAGUGUCUACUAUUUCUCUUUGGAACCGCCUGGGAGGUCCUUCGAUAUUGAUUCCUUUGCUCUAGCCUUCAUUGGUUGCGGCCUAGAGGUGUACUCUGUGGAAGGGAAUGACACCAAUUCAAUAUGCACAACAAUGUGCUCAGACCCAGAAAUCACAGAGAUGGAGGCUAUGCACAACUGUAAUGGAAUUGGAUGCUGUGGCUAUAGUCAGGCAAGCUAUGCCAGCACUUAUCAGUUCAAAUUGGUCUACCGCCACAACACAAAAAACAUCAGCACGACCUCCAACCAGGCCUCCCAGUUGUGGGAUAAAAUCAGCAUAAGUGCUGAUGGCUCACAGCUCUCAUGGAAAUUAGGGGAUCAACCCACCUGUGCUGCCUGUGUCAGCGAGCAUGCCGAGUGCAGGCAGAACGAUCCACUAGGUGUAUACGGUGCACCAACAAGUGGCUACAACUGCAUCUGCGAUGACGGCUAUUCAGGCAACCCCUACAUUCCACAUGGCUGCUCCACCGAUGAGAAAGGGUAUAAUCCAAUUCCGAGCAGGGCUAACUGUACCCGCUGGUGUGGUAACAUUAGUGUGCAAUUCCCAUUCGGCUUUGAAGAGGGCUGCUUCGCUAGGGAAGAGUUUCACCUCAACUGCACAAAUGUGACGUCAUCAGCUGCCCUGGUCAUGUUGGGGGAGUGCAAGGUCAGUGACAUAAAUGUCAACGAAGGGACCUUAAAUGUCACCAGUGAUGUUUCUGAGCAGGGAUUCGAAGACACUCAUGUUUCCGCAUAUGGGUCAUUUGUGCUUAAUAAAUGGGUUGCUGCUCAUCUAAAUUGCACAGAGGCCCAACAGAAUAGGUCUGGAUAUGCUUGUGUGAGUAUCAACAGCAAGUGUGUGGAAGUAAGCGAUGAAGUGAUGACGAGUUACCGCUGCAGAUGCUUUGAUGGCUUCCAAGGAAAUCCAUACAUCCAAAAUGGUUGUCAAGACAUUGAUGAGUGCCUUGAUCCGAACAAAUGUAAAGGGGUCUGUCAUAAUACCGAAGGAAGUUUCAGUUGUACUGAAUGUCCUCGCAAGACUGAGUAUGAUCCAUCAAAAAUGAAAUGUACUGUGACAAAACAACAGCAUCUACUCUUAGGUAUAAUUAUUGGGCUGUCCUGUGGUUUCGGCGUUCUACUCUUGAGCUCCAGUGCAGUACUUUUCACUCGCAGGUGGAAAAAGAAUGUUCAAAAGCAACUACGGAGGAACUAUUUCCAAAAGAACCAAGGUCUUCUCCUGGAAACAUUGAUAUCAUCUGAUGAAUCUGCAAAUGAGAAUACUAAGAUAUUUUCGUUAGAAGAGAUAGAGAAGGCAACAAACAACUUUGAUCCUACACGUAUCAUUGGACGUGGGGGCCAUGGCAUGGUUUACAAAGGCAUAUUGUCUGAUCAGCGUGUUGUUGCAGUAAAAAAGUCGAAAGUCAUUGAGCAGUCUGAGAUCAGUCAAUUCAUCAAUGAGGUUGCAGUCCUCACUCAGAUAAAUCACAGAAAUAUUGUGAAGCUCUUUGGAUGUUGCCUCGAAACCGAGGUUCCACUACUGGUGUAUGAUUAUGUAUCCAACGGCUCACUGUCUGAAGUUCUUCAUGCAGAUGCAAGUGAUGGUUUUUCCUUAUCUUGGGGUGAUUAUUUGAGGAUUGCUCUGGAAACAGCAGGAGCUCUAUCUUAUCUCCACUCUUCAGCUUCAAUGUCAAUCUUCCAUCGUGACGUGAAAUCCUCAAAUAUACUCUUGGAUGUGAACUACACGGCUAAAGUGUCAGAUUUUGGUGCGUCCAGAUUGGUUCCUGUCGAUCAAACACAUAUUGUGACGAACGUGCAAGGUACAUUCGGGUACUUAGAUCCAGAGUAUUUCCAUACCAGGCAGCUGAACGGGAAGAGCGAUGUGUACAGUUGUGGUGUGGUACUAGUGGAGUUGCUUCUCAGAAUGAAGCCUAUAUUUACAAGUGAAUCAGGCACAGUCAAAAGUUUGUCAAACUAUUUCCUCCAGGAGUUCAAUGAGGGAAGAAUCACAGAUAUUGCUAAUUCUCAGGUGCUUGAGGAGGCAACAGAGGAAGAGAUCAAUGGUGUUGCCUCUCUUGCAGAGCGGUGCUUGAGGCUACACGGCAAAGAAAGACCAACCAUGAAACAGGUUGAGACAGAACUGCAGACUCUACGGGCAAAACGGAUGAACUCAUCUCAGCCUGAUCCGAGAAAUGGAGAACAUAUGCAACCAAGGUCGUUAACUCAAAGGAGUAGAUCUGCUCGGCAAUUGUCCGCACAGCCAGGUGGUAGCCAACGACGCUAUAGCUUGGAGGCAGAGUUCUUGUCAUCUGCUAGCCUACCACGCUAGAUGAGGCUAUUGAGCUUAUUAAUAAUGGAUAAUUUAUUUCCCUCUUUUGUGAACUGUUCCUAGAACCUGUAUUACAGGCUAGUUAGGUUGGUACUGUAAUAAGUCAUGAUUUUAUCAAAUUCUCGGUUGGAAUUAUGCUUGCUGAUAUAUGUAGACUAAAUUUUGUUA